AUGGAAUGUGUUGCAUCUACUUCAUAUUCCGUGUCUAUUAAUGGGACACUUCAUGGGUUCUUUAAGGGGAAACGUGGUUUAUGUCAGGGCGACCCGUUAUCUCCUUAUUUGUUUACGCUUGUAAUGGAGGUUUUAUCGCUGCUAUUGCAAAGAAAGAUUCGUGAAUCUGAAGUGUUUCAGUAUCAUCAUCUUUGUAGUGGAUUGAACAUCACUAAUAUUUGCUUUGCCGAUGACUUACUCAUUUUUCUGCGUGGUGAUGCUAAUUCAGCAAGAGUGGUGUGGGAAGCUUUGGAAGAAUUCAAAAACAUUUCAGGUAGCUUACCAGUCAAGUAUCUUGGGGUUCCUCUUGUUUCUACAAGACUGAUUUAUAGAGAUUGCAAGGAACUUAUCGAAAAAAUUAAUAAUCGGGUCAACAAUUGGAAAAACAAGUUUCUUUCGUUUGUUGGCCGUCUCCAACUUGUGCAAUCAGUGUUAUCUUCUAUGCAUGUGGCAAAGGUAGCAUGGGAUGUGGUUUGUCUCCCUAAGCAAGAAGGGGGGCUUGGCAGCCGCCGAUUGGAUACAUGGAAUGCUGUUCUAAUGACAACUCAUAUUUGGAAUUUGUUGACGUCUAAAGAAUCUUUAUGGGUUAAGUGGAUUCAUACGCAUAGGCCAAGAGGACAAAGGUUUUGGGAUAUCCCUUUGAAGGGCAACUUGUCUUGGAGCUGGCAAAAACUAUUACAAAUUCAACCUAUGGUACGAAAACACUUUUGGUAUUCGGUUGGCAAUGGCAGGAGUAAUUCUGCUUGGUAUGACAUUUGGGCUGAUUUUUGUCCACUUCGUGACCAUGUUACUUCUCGAAUGAUACGAGAUGCUGGCUUUAAUUUGCACUCAAAUUUGGCUGAUAUUGUGGAGAAUAACUAUUGGAGGUUGCCAUCGACAUGGAAUCAUCAAACACUAAAUUCUAAUCCUCCUAUACAGGUUAAUGUUCCUGAUGUUUUGAAAUGGCGUACUAAUUCUGGUAUUUUGGAGGAUUUUUCGACUUCAUUUGCUUGGAAUGAUCUACGAGUUCAUGCUUCUUUUGUAAAUUGGUAUCAUAUUGUAUGA